AUACCAACCAACCAGCGUCCAAUCAGGAUCACUCAAUGAAUUGCAGUCCACUGGUUGCGAUAUUUACUACGAAGUAACGGUUUCAUGUGUACUAUUUACUACACAGUGUUGAAAAUUGUAAACAACAUCGGGAUUGUAGCCAAUAAUGGCAAAUUGCUGCCGAAUUUGCUUCGAUAGGCAGAAAACACUUCUUCCUCUGCAAACCGUCGUCGAGUUCAAUGGUCAAGAGCUAACCUGCCUGCAAAUGUAUAAAAGCAUUACAAAAUUGGAGGAAAGUGAGCACAAUUUUAAUAAAAUUUCACGAUAUAUUUGCAUAUCUUGCUUCGGAGAGCUCAACAGUUGCUACAAAUUUCAACAAAAGGCAAUCGAGUCGUUCAGCGUGCUUAUUGGACAAAUUUCGAACGAACCAGACGGGAAAAUAGAGCAAACUGGUGAUAUUCGUGACUGCCAAGAUGAGCAAUUGAAAGGUGAACCAGUUGGGGAAAAUAAAUCGAUACAUCAAGUUUCGUUAGAGAGCCCAUGUUUGUCCCCUGAACUUAAGGACGAAGAAUACCUCGAUGUAGACUUUCUGGAAGAAAAAUCCAAUCAUGAUCAGGUACAAAUAGAAAGCGAGGCCUGUCUGACUGUUGAACCCCUAGUUGAAGAGACUAAUGAUAAGGAUCACGUAGUCCAGGAUAAGCAUACAUGUACAGAUUGCUCGGAGGAUUUCGAAUCUCAAGCUGCCUUCGACACACAUCAAGUUCUGGAACAUUAUCAGCAGACAGACGAUGGGAACUGUAUUUGUCCCAUCUGCCAUAAAGUAUUCAACAGCAGAAGGUGCCUGCGUCAGCACAGCCGCAUUCACCAGGAUCGGGAGGCCAGGAAACAUAAAUGCCGUUUCUGUGAGAAAGCGUUCAACUUUGCCCAUCAUCUUAAAAUACACGAACGAACCCACACGAAGCAGAAACCUUUUGCAUGUGCUACUUGUGAGAAAGCUUUCGCUUCUAAAGAUAGGCUCGCUUACCAUCAGCUCCAACACGAAGGGAAACUUCAGUACACCUGUAACCUGUGCGCCACUAGCUUCCGAAGCAAGAAAGUGCUGAAAAUGCACUCCAUCUUGAAGCACGACGCUCCAGUGGAAAAGUUCGACCCUAUCAAGUGCGAUAAAUGUGGCAAGAAGUUGUUCUCGAAAUCUGCAACAAGCGCCCACAUGAGAGGACCUUGCGGAAGCGAUUUUGCGGAGUUAAAUCCGGGUGAAAUGAUGUUCAUGUGCAAAAUGUGUCCGAUGAAAUUCUCUCGCCUAUCAUCCUUGAAGAACCAUGAAAAGGUCCAUUCCGUUGGAGGUUGUUACGCGUGCUCUUCGUGUCCCAAAAAAUAUAAAUGUAUAGAAUCACUCAAUAACCACAAAAAAAUCUGCCAUCUAAACAACGAAGAAGUUUAAGUGCAUAUAAAAAAAAACUAAGAGACUAACUGACUCGUUU